AUGUUAUUUGCUUUUUCUUCUUUUGUAGCAUCAACUAUUGAUGAAUGCGUUGCUCCACGUGAGUAUAGCAUUUUAGAUGUACCAGGAAAGAACUACACAUUGAAAUAUGUAUCUGUUCUCACUCGUCAUGGUGCAAGAUCUCCAUUAGAUCCAUUCUUGGAGAGACAGCAGAGAGGUAUAUGGCGCUGUGAUUCUGAAGAUGCUCAAGCAGCUCACAUGGAAUCAAAUCCAGUCGUUAAACCAAGAAGAGUUAAAACAAUUCUCGAUAAUAGAUUUGCAGAAUACCCACCAAAUUGCAAACUUGGCGAUUUAAUCAUCGACGGUAUGAUCCAACACAAGCUUUUAGGUCAAAAAUUACGUGAAUUGUAUUACGAAAAAUUACACUUUAUUCCCGAAUAUUUAGACCCAACAGUCGUUUUCGCUAGAUGCACGGCUUACGAUCGCACAUUUAGAAGUGCAAUUUCAUUCAUGUCUGGCUUAUAUGAACCAGCAGAUCCAAAUGAAGUUUUAGAAAUCACAACAGGAUCCCCAUCAUCAGAUUCUCUCCGUCCAAAGAAAGACUUUUGCAAGGACUUCAAUACAAUGGCAAACGAUUAUUUCGGAUCAAAGGAAUUUACAGAUUAUUAUCAGGAAACACUUAACUCAGUUCAACCUGUAAUUAAUUACCUCAACGUUACAGAUGUUUCCUACUCCAAGCUCGAUAAGAUUUGCGAUUGGGUUACGACAAUGUUCUGCAAUGAGCAGUAUAUGCCUGAUGAAAUCACAUCUGACAUGAUCACAACAUGCAGAAGAUAUCAGGGAACAAUGCUCUACGGACUUUACAACAAGACAAGAGGUGUUGCCUUCUCAUAUGGAAUGAGAGAAGUUUUGAAGUACCUUGAUUCAUAUAUCAAUGGAGAGUCCACACAAAGAUUCGUUCUCCUUUCAGCCCAUGACUCGACCGUCGCUGCUUUCCUUUCCUUCCUCGGAUUUAAGAACGAUUUCAUUCCUCCUCUUGCUUCCCACAUCGUUAUGGAAGUCUACAACGAUGAAGCAGAGUCUGAAUUAUACGUAAGAUUCGUUUUCAAUGGCCAACCACUGAAGAUUGAUUUAAUGGGCGACCAAGAACUGUUCAAGCUUCAUGACUUUAGACAAAAGAUUGGCCAAUACCUUCUUUAUUGCCCGGAGAUGCCUUAA